UAUGAGAAUUUAUGAGAAGCGAUAAGGCCAAGAAAUGAACUUAUUUGAUUUGUUUAAUGAGCGUGAUUUGUUUGUUCUUUACAGUGUUUAUAGCUGCGUGUUUUAUUGGAUUUUAUUUUGAUUAAUGUAUUAAAUGGCGGUUUGCCUGUGAGAAGAACUCAUUUAAAAAUCCAGAUGUACUUUCAUCUCGAGGUGAUGCGUGAAUUAUAACAUUUCGAAAUAACGGCACCCCCCCAAAAAAACAACUAGAUUUAGACGAAAACAUUUAUAAGAAGAGGCGGGCAGAUAAAGAGAUUUUUAAAGAAAACAUCCAGAUGGAGUUUGACCCGCGGUUGAUGUGGAAUCUGCUGAGGUGAUGCUCAAGAUUGUUCUGCAGGGGCGUGGCCUCGCCUGACGCUCCUGCGCGAGUCUGGCGUCGUCCUCUGCCGCACGUCUCUCUCAUCCUCUCUGUCCUCACGACUCUACACAGACAAUGGCUGUUCCUCCGACAUACGUAGACCUGGGCAAGUCCGCCAGGGACAUCUUCACCAAAGGAUACGGUUUCGGCCUUAUCAAGUUGGACUUGAAGACGAGGUCAGAGAAUGGGUUGGAGUUCAAGAGCUCCGGCUCGGCUAACACAGAGACCAGUAAGGUCGCAGGAACGCUGGAGACCAAGUACAAGUGGGCAGAACACGGCCUGACCUUCACUGAGAAGUGGAACACCAACAACACCCUGGGCACGGAGAUCACUCUGGAGGACCAGCUGGCUAAAGGCCUGAAGCUGACGUUUGAUUCGUCCUUCUCUCCGAACACCGGCAAGAAGAGCGGGAAGAUCAAGAGCGGCUACCAGCGGGAGCACAUCAACCUGGGCUGCGACGUGGACUACGACAUCAACGGCACGGCGGUGCACGGGGCGGUGGUGGUGGGCUUCGAGGGCUGGCUGGCCGGGUACCAGAUGACCUUCGAGGCCGGGAGGAACCGGGUCACCCAGAGCAACUUCGCCGUGGGCUACAAGACCGACGAGUUCCAGCUCCACACAAACGUGAAUGAUGGCACAGAAUUCGGUGGCUCCAUUUACCAGAAAGUGAAUGAUAACCUGGAGACGGCGGUCAACCUGGCCUGGACCGCCGGCAACAGCAACACCCGCUUUGGCAUCGCAGCCAAGUAUCAGAUCGACGCCGACGCUUCCUUCUCGGCCAAAGUGAAUAACUCUAGCCUCGUGGGCCUGGGAUAUACUCAGACCUUGAAGCCUGGUAUUAAACUGACCCUCUCUGCUCUUCUGGACGGGAAGAACAUUAACGCAGGUGGCCACAAACUGGGUUUGGGUCUGGAGUUCGAGGCGUAGGAAGCCGGGGAUUCCCAUAAUCCUGACUUGAUUUUUCUUUUACUUUUCUUUCUUUUUUUUGCCCACCUCUCCUCACACACCUCGUUUCUCUUAGACCACCGGCCGAGGAAGCGCUCCGUUCUCAGUCAAGUAACGCAUUAGAGCCGCUCGACUUCUUCUUCUUCGACUUCGGCGGCGGUGUAUUCUCUAGGUCAAACCCAACGAAAGAAGCGCAUGAACGGCCGUUUUCACUAACCUCCACGUUAUUUAUUAGGGUGUUGAACGUGGCAGAAUAUUUAAUUUUUGGGGAGGCGGAGACGUUCGCGUCAGACAACACUAAAGUUAGGCCACGACAUUCCUGAUCUGCAGAGCUCGGUGGAAAGGACCUGUAUGUAACCCACGACACUCGCGUCUUUAGUUGUAGUCUUUUUCCGGUGCGUUUCGUGUUUUUCGUCUCGUCCGUGUGAGUGGAAACGCACGUGUAUCCUGUCCGUCGUUGUUUUCUCGCUGCAUACUGCCUGUACCUUUUCGGCGACGCUCUCCCUGAACUGAAAGAGAUCGGAAACGAGCUUCUGAUGCGUCGGGGAGAGCGGAAUCGGUGAAGAGCUGGAUGUAGUCUUCCGUUUCUAAAUGUGAGAUUAGAAUACUGUGGAGUUAGUAGUAUGGAUACUUUUAGUUGAAUAAAACAUUUCAACCUGGACCACACCACA